UAUCCCCGUCCGAGUUUGUAGCUUUUCCAGCAGCAGCACCCGAGCGUUUGUGCCUCUUUCUUUGGUAAACCCGAAGAACAAGUCAAAGAACUCCCAGCCAUGGAAGAAGACAAUAUAAUAAUGUCCGUUUGACCCGGGGGGAGCUCCUUCAAGAUGCCAGGCCUUUUGUCCAGUCCUGUGUUUCUGACAGUCAUCUGGUUUUUAUUAUCUUGGUCACUGGGCCCCAGCCAUGCUCAGAUUUGGACAGAUGAAGUGUCAGACGUGCAGUACGGGCGCUUGGGCUCGAACGUGACGCUGGAAUGUGGGAAGUCAGAAAUCGGGAUCCCUGUGGAGUGGCGCCACAACCACAGCUUAGUGUUGCCGUGGCACAAAGUGACAUCAGACGGGCGACUAGUCCUCUAUCAUGUCGACCAAUCGGCACAAGGCAACUACAGCUGCUAUGACAACAGUGGGAUCCUCCGUUCCAUCAGCCUCAGGCUGGGCCAUCCCCCUGGGCUGCUGAGUAUUUCCUGCCAAGUGCCCAAUCACACACACGUUCGCUGCUCCUGGAGGGAAUCUGUAAAAACCUUCCUGCCAGCCGGGUUCAACGCCUCCUUCAGAGGGAAGGGUCAGGAGUGGAGACCUUGCAUCGUGGACGUCACCCACAGGCACUGUGAUGUACACCAUCCUGCUUUCUGGCAGACCAUCCACAUGCUCAGAGUCAUUGAGACGAACGCUCUUGGGUCCGAGACAACAUUGGCCCAAUUAAAGCUUCAUGAGCUUUUAAAACCUGAUCCUCCAGAGUCGGUGUCUGCAAAAGAAGUGGAGGGUUUUCCAAAGAAACUUAGGGUCACAUGGCACUACCCUUCUUCCUGGCCACAGGAAAUCGCUUUCCCUCUUCUUUUUCACAUCAGAUACAAGCCUCACGGUUCUAAGCUCUGGUCUGAGAUUUUCACAGAGGACAAUGCAGUUGUGGUACCUGACGCCCUGGCAGGUCACCUCCACCAGGUUCAGGUUCGAGCCCGGGACGAGGUGGAUCCUGAGAGCCAAUGGAGUGAGUGGACCCAACUGCAUCUCGUCAGACCGUGGGAAGAAGAGCCCAACCCUGGCCCUGAGGAGAACACAGAGUCUCCUGACUGUAAUGGUUUCUGCAUAGAACCUUCAGCUUCCACAAAGCCAACCCAUGCUGUGAAUGGGGAUGAAGGUAAUUUGGGUCUGGCGAUUCUGCUGGUUUUGUUCUCAAUCUUUAUCCUCACCACCGUCCUUUCCCUCAUCUUUAUAGUAUGGAUGAGACAGAAGCGGACUGAACACGCCACCAAACAGGAGCUCGCCUCUAUGGUCAAGAUGAAGUCAAUCCCAAUCUAAGACGACCCUCAUAUGCAAAAUUGAGUUGAUGCAUCAGCCACCUGUCAGCUGGAGAAGUGAGUAAACACAGAGACACCCUGGUUGUCUUAUUUCCAGCCCCAGCUUCCAGGAUAAUCCCGUGGAAGGGGAUGCUUGUUUGGAUUUCAUACCUGACAGCGGGGUGAGUUUUAAAAAGGCUUCCCUGGACAUAUUCAGUGGUGUCAUCUAAGUGAGCUACCCAUAAAAAAAAAGAAGAUUCAGCAGACUCCAAACGUGCGGAAAAACAGACCUUGCUCUUUUGACUCCAGCAGUGUUUAGUCUUUAUUGGACCGAAGGAUAAACGCUGCAGCAGGGACAUCUGAGUUCACUCACAAAUGCUGCUGCUUUAGGCGGGACGACUCUUUGUGCCUUUUUAAGCGACAAAUCAGGACGAGAUGUGCAGCUGCCAACCAGGAGAACAUAGGAUUUACUGUGGAACAGCUUGUCUGUCUUCUAUCACCCAGAACAUUUCACUYUUUUUUAAAUUUUGUUUUAAGUUUCUUGGUGAGAAGGAACAGAAUCACGUGUUCAUUCCUACAUCAACUGACUCAGUGCUGUGAAGGAAGCAUAAAUUCUGCUGGUGUGUGCGUGUGUGUGUGUGUGUGUGUGUGUGUGUGUGUGUGUGUGUGUGUGUGUGUGUGUGUGUGUGUGUGUGUUUGUGUGUGUGACGCCAAAGCAGCAGCAAUGCCGGGCAUUAGAGCCUCUGCUGAGUAGAGGGGUGGGGUUAGAGAGUAAUCUGGGCACAUGAUCUUAAAGAUUAGGGUUCAGAAAUAGCAGGCUGGGGGAAAAAAACUUUAUCUGGUUUAUGACUAAUUUUAUGUUGCAUGAUAUCAUGAUAGGUUGCAUGAAUGAUUUUAUGUUACAUUAUUGAUCUGUUGUCGGUCAUUUCAAAUAUAGGUAGUAUUUUAUUUUUUUAACUUUGUGUUUCUUAUAUACCUCUGUAUCCAUCCACAAUAAGUAUUUGUGUGACUGAAAGAAACAGGAGGAGGAGGAGGAGGAGAAACUGGCCUUUCACAGAUCACCAGCAUUGCAUCACACACUUAUUUAUUAUAGUUUUACAUCCUAGAGAGUUAAAAUCCACUCUAGGUUCCUAAUAAUUGCUUUUUGUCAAAACAAGUGAAUGUUUGAGAAGACACUUAAAGAGCUUAAACAGCAUCAGAUACUUAUAAAAUACAUUAAAAGCUGAACACUUAUUCAAUAAAAUUGAAUAAAACAAUUAGGGGUGGAGGCUCCAAAGUGAAAUCUGCAAAUUAAUUAUAAAAAUAAUAAAUACAUUGAAAGUUCAAAUAUUUUAAAAAGCAGAUGUUAUUAUAACAAUUGACUUAAUACAAUUAAAUAGUUUAAAUAAAGUUACGUAAAACCAAGACUACACAAAUUUGUUAAAUUGUUUACCUUUUACRUGUAUGUAUAAAUUAAUUAUUGGUUUCAGUUUAGAUUUAUCAAGAAUUAAUACAAAUUACAAAAUACAAUUUUACCAAUAUUAGUUUAAAACCUUCAACUUGUAGUUCAGAUAUAUCUAUAUAAAAAAGCUAAACAAAAUGUAAACAUUUUGUUUUACUUUAUAGUAAAUUAAUAGAACCAUCCUGCUUAACUGGACGUUAUGUCUCUCACUGGGAUGGUUGCAACUGUGGCAAGCAGUUUUGUCAUAUAAUAGUUGAGAUGGGUUCUUCAAAGUAAAAACCCACAAUCUAAUCAGAAUGAAUACUAAAUUCAAACUUAA